GGCGUCACCACCCAACCCUCGCCCCCACGAGUGCGCAGCAAUUCUUUCUACUCGAGGGGGCGACAAAAAAAAAAAAAUAAUAAUAAUAAUAACAACAACAUGGAUGUGUGCAUCCGCCAGCUGCGUGUGUCCGCACCGUAGCGGAGCUGGGUAGUGCGCAAGCCCGGAGGAGCGCUGCUGUCUCGGUCCAGCGCCGCCGCCACCACCGCUGACUUUUGGAGCCAACAUGGCCGAGGACGACAGCGAGUGGGUGGUGGAGAGCAUCGUGGGCUACCUGGGAAGUCCCGAGUGGGUCAUCCCCGUCACGGACUUCAUGGAGCACAAAUGCACAGUGUUUGACGACGAAGAUGAAAAUAAGUUAGCGUACACGGAAAUCCAUCAGCAGUACAAAAAAUUGGUAGAGAAGCUAUUGGAAAAUUACAUGCAGGAGGUGGGCAUCAACGAGCAGCAGUUUUUGGACGCGUGCACCUCACCUUUUGCCAAGUCCAAAACGGUGCAGUCCGUGUUCCAGCCAGUCCUGGCCACAGAUGACUUCCAGAUGUUUCGCUCCCUGAUGGUCCAGAAGAACAUGGAGCUGCAGCUUCAGGCCCUGCGGGUGAUCAAAGAGAGGAACGGAGCGCUUCCCGAUUGUCUGACCGACGGUGAGGACGUGAUGACGGACCUGCAGCAGCAAGAGAUGAAGAUCCUGCAGGAGGUCCUCAAGAAGUCGAAAGAGGAGUACGAGGAGGAAAUGUCGUGGCGAUUGCUGCUGGAGGAGGAGCGUGCGUGUUCUACGUCCGGCGGAAAAGCCCAAAAGAGCGCCUCUGCUACUCCCGCACAAGAUGGCGCCUCUGCCGAGGCUCAGGCCCGAGCCGACAACAGCGGCACAGACGCUCACCGAGCACAAACGAGGAAUGGAAAGAGCGCAGCCGCUCGGUCUAAUCAGGUCAAUGGCAAGGCAUCCCAAAAUCCUGAGAGCAAGUUGGCUGUCACAGCAGUUGUGAAGCAUGUAGAAAAAAGCAGCUCCUCGUCUUCUACACGUACCCCUGGCGGCGUCAGUGCCAGCAUGGAGCCCAAAGUCCUCCCACCCGUGAGAGCGCCCGUCAGCACGGAGCAGACGGCGGGAGAAUCCUGCCUGGAGGAAGCGCACAGGGAGGCUGGCUUCGCUCAGCCUUACACCGACCUGUCGGCGUAUCAGCAGGAGCGUCUCCAGCAGAGGGCGUCCUACCUACGCGAGCAGCGCGACAAGCUGCAAGCUCUCAAGAAGGACCGGACCGCCAAGCAGAAACCCUCACCCGAGGAGGAGACACCAUGCUCCCCCUCCUCGCCCGCGCCUCCUCCGGCCUCCGAGAUUUCGACAGAGGAGCGCAAGAAGCUGCAGAAGAGAAAACACCUGGCCGACAAGCUGAAGGAGGAAGUCAUCAAGAAAUGAGCUCCUCCGUGCGCAACAUGAAUGCAGUCUUGUGGGUUUAUUUAUUAUAACUGGGAAAGCUCACCUUUGUUCCCCCGUUAGACGUGGUAGCCUCACAAAGAUCUUUCCGGAUGAGGGACGAGCCGCUUUCAUGCUGCCUUCGCAGCACAUCGGAGUAAACGGCAGAGCUGGGAUUUAGUCGCUCGGCCCUUCCAGAGUGCGUUUAGUGAAAAUUACAUUCGACGCAAAAAGGGCACGGGGUAGUGAUCGUCACGCGUGGAGCUUCAAAAUCCCCUUACGCACUGGCAGUAUUACACUUCUGGGACAGGACAACAAGCUAGUAAAAAGCCAUUUUAGAUGCCAGUUUUUACCGGCUCGCUGUCCUGCAUGGAAGGUACCGAUGCGGGAUAGCGGUGUUGGAAUUCGACCCACAGAUUUGCCACCUACUGAGGCUUGCAUUGCCCGUGUGAAAGGAGCUUUUUACCACCUCGUAUGCCGGGUAAUACGCUUGCCGUCCUGUGUCUCUGCUACGAAUGCGGGAUGGAGGAGUUGAACUCAGCCCUCGUCUAAGGCCCGCUGCACACUGAGCUACGUAGUCGAAAGCGACUGGACAACUGCGGAAAAAUAUAAAGUUGCCACACCAAGCGAUUGAUCCGCCAAUGUGCUCCAAUGGAAAAGCUGCGACCCAGCAUCGGGUUUUGAGGUUUCACAUACAGUAUUUUGUACUGUAUUAUUAUAAUGUUUUGUUUUUUCUUAAUGAACCACAAAAACAUGGCGGAAUUAUCAAGUAAGUUUUUCAAUUGAAGUAACCUAUGGCUAAUUUUGUCCACUGGAGGUCGCAUUGUUGCUACAUUUAAUUUCUGUGGAAAUGAUUACCUACUGUCGAAAUAUUAAGACACUGAAUCUUGCAAAAUGUCAGUCAAAAGCUUCAGUUCACAACAGGUGGGUUUGGUGGAACUCUUUUGGGUUUUUGUUCAUGCACAGCCACAACUUGUACAUAUAUUUCUGCAUACAUUUACAAGGCACGUGGAUGAUUCGCUGGUUGAUUUCAACUCCCUCAUCCCGCAUUGGUACCUCCCACACAGGACAGCAAAGAACUGGGAAAUGGAUGAUAGGAAGCUCGAAACUUCGUCCUGCGGCGGUACCUUUCGCACAGACAGCGAAGAGCCGCGACAAAGGCAGUACAAAGCUGGCUUAAGACAGGCCUGUGUUAAAGCGGCUACUGACUGUUGUACAAAAAAUAUGUCAAAUUGUGUGUGUCAAAAAGCCGCAUGUUGGCCACCUCUUGCUCUAGACAACUUGGACCUAUGUUGAUGUUUUAAUCAUGGCAAAAAGAACUAUGUGAACUGCAUAUAGAGCUACUCUAGCAUAAGGCAACAUUGCUCCUGCAUAACACACCAUUAGUAUGUCUAGUGUCCUGAUGUUAUACUGUUAUAAAAUAACCCAGUGCUUUUAUGUGGACCAUUUUGUGCAUAAUGGGGGCCAAUGGUGUCAGAAUGUACAGUAGUUCUAAGCAAUCAUGAUGCAUCGUUAAGUACGCAUGCAAUACUCAAUGUACUCUUGAAUAAAUUACCUUUUGUAAAGUG